AUGGCAGACAGACGAGCGAAGCCCUGGGGCAGCUCGCCCAAGCCGUUCCCAAGCGUUAGACACGGCGACGACACGAAAAAGUUUGUUGAGACUUGCUUUAGAUACCUCCCCCUGAAUGGGCAGGUCAAUCUAUCAGAGGAUGUCUCCGGUUGUCGCAGCGAUGAGGAACUUCGUCAGCUAGCCGCUAGCAUUGAUACUGGCUUGCUCCGCCCUUUGCUGUCCAAGGGUGGAAUGACACCUGCUAUCACCCCAUCCCCCCGUAUCGGCUUUGACGAUUCGGUUGAAAAUCCGAACUCCCUUGAUAUCACACCAGUAAGUCGAAAUGACCAAGAACGACUUUGCCGGAAUUGCCUUCAACGAGAAGGGUAUCGGUGUACAAUAACGAAGAUGUGGAGCUCAAAUGACCACCCCCCUCCUGGCGAACCAACCGGCAUUCUACGAGCUGUUCACAUUCUUCCGUUCGCCCUUCGAAGUUUUACGAACGACGACGAAAGGCGGGAAACCUCUCAGGUGUGGGCAACCAUUUUUCGUUACUUCCCAAGCCUCCGCUCCACCCUUAAUAUGUCACCAGAAGACGUGAAUCGAGAGGAUGAUAUUAUGAUGAUGACCACCCCGAUUCAUGAAGAGUUCGGUCUCUUCCACUUUGUUUUUGAGGACACCACGACUCCUAAUUGCUACCAUCUCAAACUAUUCCCACGCUUCGGAUCUGGCUACAUACCCCUACUACCCAGCAACAGGAUUGUAACAUUGACUAGCCACGACCCUCGCUUUAGUCUUCCUAGAGCUAAGCACUUACAGUUGCAUGCUGCCAUUGGCAAUAUCUUACAUGCAAGCGGCCGGGGAGAGAAGAUUGAAAAACUCAUACGGGAUCUAGAAGAGGUAGGCGGUUCGGCAUUAUCAAAAGAUGGCAGUACGAACAUCAGCGAUCUUCUCUCGGUCACUCAUCUUUCACUGCUAGCCUCGAAUUCGCGCCCAACAGAGAGCAAGGUACCGCAGUAA